UCAGGAAACUGGUUGGUUUAUGCAGACAAUCUACACAACAAUUCAGGCCGAUCGACCUGUCAGUACAACUUGUAGCAAUCCACUAAGCAGAUUAAUGCAGACCGUGUACAGCUCCAUUCCGACCCUAAGGUCAAGCAGCACUUCUUCAUCAAGCCCCUUGAAUCGUCUCAAAUCCCAGAUCCAGUCCAAUGUUAAAAAAAAGCUGGAGCCCAACUGUGUGUGGUAUGGUAUGCUGAAAUACCUAAAGAGCAUAUCCAAGGCUGACAAGGAACAUUUUCUUUAUUUUCUUCUACCAAAUAUCAUUAAAAUGGCUCUACGUAUAGAAGACUCGAGACCUAAAGAGGGCCUCUUUUUUAGCAGAAAACAGAAUGGUGAGUUGUUUUUCCCCCUUAAUUUCUAGAGAUAAGAUUAUACAAGUUUUCGUUUUUGAUUGUGAUUACUUGAAGGUUUAUUUACAUGCGUUAAAUAUUUUUAGAAUCAAAAGAGCUGGUACUUUAAAAGUAUUUCAAUGUUAGAAUCAAAAGGACCAGCACUUUACAUGUGUUCAGUUAUAAAUGGAGGGCUGUGCUCAUUUAGUGUGUUUAAUUUGCAUUUAAUUUUACUUACCUCAGUUUCUACAGAAAAAGAAUUUUACUAUCUGAUGAGAAAGUGUUCAAUUGCUAAGCAGGGUUUCCCAACCUUUUCUGUAUUUUGCACCCAGUAUGAAUUGUUCGACUAAGUCUUAAACCCUCAUCAAUUUUGUUGACUAAGUCUCACACCCCGUAUGUAUCAUUUGACUAGAUCUUGAACCUUUUACAAGUUAUUUGACAAAGUCUCACACCACAAAGAGUAGUUUGACUAAGUCUCGCACCACCUUUAAAAGUAACAAUGGUUUUUAAAAUUGCGAAAAAAUAGACACUUAUAUAAAUUGCGAAAAAAUAGACACUUAUUUCUUUGUAAUUGAAUUAAAAAUGGAACUGUAGAAUUUUAAAAAGAAACGUGUAACUUUUAACAUAAAGUCAAAUGUUCAUGAAGAAAGUAAAAGAUAUGCAAACACUUUUAUCAUGUCUUAAAAAUUAAUGGCUCUCCAUUCUUAUGAGCACAUUUCCUUGCUCCUUCGGAAAUGCCAGGUUGGGAAAUCCUGCUGUGUAGGAUGAAGCUUACGUGUCAAAUUUGCAAAACAUUCAAAUGAAAUGAAACAACCAUGAAAUUAAAUUAUUUUAUUACUGUUACUGUGCACGACAAAGUCAUUGCAGUAUUAUAAAUGUAUUUGUCUUUCCUGUAUUUGUUUGCUACUCUGUUUGAACUUCUGCAGGAGGCAGCACAGCAUUGUCCCGGCAGUUUGUUUGCUCGGUUGUGGCCUGUUUUUUCUUGUGCCUGUUCCCAGAGAGAGUUAGAGAAACCACAUCUGACAUGAACAUCGUGAACUUCACCACAUUUUUCAAGCACCUUCAGUUGUACGUUGCCCCAUGUUUUUGCUUUCUUUAUGUGUGGUGACCUGUAUAGAAUGUACUGGCGCCUUUGAACAAGCCUCGUCUUUUUUCAUAUGUGGUCGCCAUAGAGUUUAAUUUCCCCUUUGAACAUGGGUUGUCGAAACUUUAUUUCCAUGAAUUUUUAUUUGCUUUUAAUUACUUAAGAGAAAUCUUGAUGAAACUUAAUGUUUGUUUUUUUAAAGUAUACUUACAUUUAAGAUUAUUUAUAGUCGAUAUCAUAUAUUUUCUAAAAUACAGAAGAUAAGUAACAUUUAAUAAAUUUAAAAAUGCAAAUGUUUUAAUGAAAAUCAACUUAUUUAAAAAAACAGUUGUGACUAUUUGUUGAAGUGUACAUGUUCACGUGUAGACUUGUAUUCCUUGUAACAUCCCACAGGCCGUCCCAAGUGUCUAAGUUGCGCUGCAUACUGCAUUAUUUUGAAUGUGUCGUUGAAAGAGGAAUGACAAUAACUGGCAGUAUUGUAUUUACUAGAAAGGUAAGCGUUUUUGGAAGCAAGUGUUGCUGAACACAGUAUUUUAAUUUUUUUACCCUUAAUUCUUGGUCAGUUUGUGCACCCAGUGACAGAAUGUGUACAUCCUGGUGAGUGUGCACAUGCCGUGACAGAAUGUGUACAUGCUGGUCAGUUGGUGCAUGCUGUGACUUAAUGUGUACAUCCUGGUCAGUUGAUGCUCACUGUGACAGAGUGAGUGGGACAGUGUAGAAACUUAAGCCAAAAACCUAAAUAAACUGAAUUAGUAAUAUCACCGUGACCGAUUAGUUGACAACCACACUUUCUAGCAUACAAUAUUUGUAAAAAAGCUAAAUUCUAGAUGAAUUGAUAAAAUGUAAUUGCCUUUUCCCACAGAUACUCAGUUAAGAGAUUUAGAAAAAAAUAAUUACUGCACAGUUAGGGACUUUUUUGGUAAAUAGGAUUAAGAACAUCAGGAAACCUUGCAACAAAAAACAAACAAAAAAAGCUUCAAAAAUAUUUGUUUGGCUUUUUAAAUGAAUACUUUGAUUGGAUAGAAAAAUUCAGAUUUUAAACAAUUUGUCAUAAGAACUUGGCAUUGAAUACAUUGCAAAUCAACUGAUUUUUGAGGCAACCGCCAAGGAACUCCACCUUUCUAUCCACUGGUUCUGUGGGACUUUCCUGACCACUGGUUACAUAGGGCCUGUCUGUCCAUUUGUUUAGUGAGACCUUUCUAUCCACUAGUUCUGUGUCACCUGUCUGUCCAUGGAUUCUGUGACAUGUCUGUCCAUUGGUUAUUUGGCACCUGUCUAUCCACUUGUUAUGUGACAUUUUGUCUACUGGUUAUGUGAAACCUGGCUGUUCACUGGUUAUGUGGGAUCUGUCUGUUCAGUGGUUUUGAGGGACCUGUCUAUCCAUUGCUUUCUUUUACUUGAAUAUCAUUCUAUUAUAAAAUGCUGGUACUUAAUGACCUAAAUUCAUUGGCCUUGUCUUGUGAUGUGUACCGUUGUAAAAUCAUUGCUUGUCUUACCUUAGGUUGUAACCCCCACCUGGAUACUUAAGUUUGACGAGUUAACUCAAUGUGAGAUGAGCCUUUGUCCAGUGAAGGUCUUUUCUAAAGGUGUUAUAGAAGAAAGUGGUGCUGAAGUCAUACAGGUAUACUAUGUCACUGAUAUUUAUAAGACAAGAUUCUUUUAUUGAUCCAAACAAAUGGAAAUGUUUUUUGAUAGCCUUGUACAUUUUUAGCACACAACUAAAACAAUUUGAACAAAAGACAUCUACAUUAAGUUAUUUCACUAGUAGAAAAAAAACAGCCAUUCAGUGAAUUCUCUUAGCCAUAUUAGGGACCUAUUAGUUCUCAUUUAGUUUUGUGACUUCUGGGGGAGCAUGCUGGUAAAUUUGUACAGUUUGGGCAACGAAAUAGUUUUUAUAUCUGGGGAUUCAGAUAAACUAGCAUGAUGUUGACACUUGAGGGCUUCCAGGAGACCAAGAAAGACUAGGCAUACAUCAAGAGGAAAAUAGGACAGACAAUAAUAAUUUCUGUUCAACGCUACCUCACACUCUGUGCAUUGUUGGUACAUGACCUAUGAGAAGAAUUAAACCUACAUAAAAUUAACUAUAACUAAGUAUUUUGCUUCUUUUGGGGAUAUAUAAAAGUGUUUUUGGCAUAGUUUGUCUUAGUUCUUUCCAUAAGGGUAAAUGAACUUUUUCUUUGUUUGAUUGUUUGCCAUUAGGUAGACUUUGCUAACCAGUCCAUUGGAGGUGGAGUGCUGGGAAGGGCAAGAGUGCAGGUAAGGCAUUGGGCGGUUCAACUUUUGUCAUUGUUACAAAGUCACCCAAAUAAGAGUGCAGGUAAGGCAUUGGGCGGUUCAACUUUUGUCAUUGUUUACAAAGUCACCCAUAUAAGAGUGCAGGUAAGGCAUUGGGUGGUUCAACUUUUGUCAUUGUACAAAGCCACCCAAAUAAGAGUGCAGGUAAGACAUUGGACAGUGAGGUUAUUUCCACGGUUUUACCAAGCACUUUGAGACGUGGAACAAAAACAAGACCACUGACAGCAGGUUUACUUCACACUAUAUUCCUUUAAUAAAAGGGAAGUAACUCCCUUAUACCAAACUUACUUCUUGCCUGACAGCAGGUUUUAACUCCCUUUUACCAGUGACUUACAAUUUAUUAAAAAAAAUGUCCAGCUGAUAAAUAUUAAUGAAUUAAGAAUAAAUGCAUCCAAAUAUUGAUUAGGUUUAAUAAAAAUUUAACAUUAGCGGCGAAUAAAUAAAGAGCAGUUACCAAAAAAUUGAUUUGUUUCCACUUGGUACAAACACGUUAGCUAGAGACGCAUUGUAUUGAAGCACUCAUAGUCAUAGAUUGAACGUGAAAUAAGAUUUUAAAAAUUUUAACAAAUGAAUUCAGGCUGUAAACAUCAAACAGCGCACUGAAUCACUCAGCGAAAUUGGUUCACAUGACCAAACCUUAACCCUGUAACUGUCAUAACGGCCGAUCAUAUAUAAAUGAGUUUGGUCUCUGUUUUGGUUUCUAUCAUUGUGUCACUGUGCUUUUAUCUGGACUUGUUUGUGAUCCAUUGGGUGUGAAAUCAGCUCAAUUUUUUUUUUUUACUGCAAUUUUGUCUGAUGCUGGAGAAAUUCUAGAGUCAACACAGACUUUCUUUAUUGGAAUUAUUUAAAAUGGAUUCCAUGGGGUAUUCCAUUGGUCAGUGCCGACUGUAUAAGCUCUAGCACUGAUGGCGAUAUAUGAGUCAUAUAUUGAAAAUUUUAGCUCUAAGCUUAAUCCUCAUGUUAUAGACAAAUUCGUUUGGGAAAGGGUGAAAAAAAACCAACAAAGAUUGGAUCCCCAAGACCUAUCCUUAAGAGAUUCAAAGACAUUUGUGUUUCUGAAUGUUCUGGCAUAUUAAUUAAUAAAAAAUGGAUUGAGUAACUUCAAUUGAAAAGGAAACUUUAAAUUCAUUUUGUGCUUUCCCCCUUGUAUUUUGUAUGACAAGGUAGUUUCCCCCUUGUAUUUUCUAUGACAAGGUUGUUCCCCUGUGUGUUUUGUAUGACAAUGUAGUUAGCCCAUUCAAUAAGUUACAAUUAUUCAGUGGAACAUAGUAAAAUAAUGGGGCUAAAAUUCCUUUCGACCUGAUGAUUUUUAACUGAAAGUCCCCGCUUUCUGUUUAUCAAAUCUUUGUCGUGUGGCAUAUCAAAAUGUAACUAAUUGAACAAAGAAUAUGUUUUAUUAUAAAAGAGCAAUAAAAAAUUAUAUAGAGACAGUGUUAUGUAAAGGUUACAACAAAAAAAAAAAAAAAAAAAAAAAAAAAAAUUAAAUUACACAACAAAAAAAAAAAAAAAAAAAAAAAAAAAAAAAAAUAUUUUAAAAAAAAAAAAAAAAAAAAAAAAAAAAAAAAAAAAAGUUUAAAAAAAGAAAAAAAAAAAAAAAAAAAAAAAAAAAAAAAAGCAAUUCUACUCACCAACCCAUAAAUGAGGUAAGAAUAAUCCAAUAAGACAAUUUUUGUAAGCAAAUGAGCCUUAUUAUAUAUCCACAGUAUGAGGAAAGUUUUGUUGCAAUAACUCAAGAAAUUGCAAAGCUAUGAAUUUUUUUUCAUCAUAAUAGUCUUGAAUAAAUUUUCCAAAAGUUAAUAAUACAAUAGAAAUAACUAUUCCGGUCUGGUACACAAAUAUUUACACAUAUUUACGAACUUUAUAAACAAAUCAGGUCAUUGUUUUCAUUUGAGUCCAAUGAAUCAUCCAAGCUAAUUAAUUGGCUUGCUUCUUCAGCAGCCAUACAUCUAAAUCUUGAGUGAGCAGACCUCAUAUUAGUAUUGUUGAAGCCAUUUUAAUCAGCUGAUGUUUGUUUACAAUUUUUAGAAUACAAUUUUUUCAACAUGAAAAAACUAGCAAAUAAUACGCAAAACGUAGUACAAUCCAAUAGAGAAUUUACAGAGAGGAAGUUGAAACUCUUCCGAAUAAAAGUUUCGAAAGCUAUAGAUAAAAUAUUUGACUGUAAAAGUUAAAACACUAAAGGAAUGAAACAAACCAGCAAUGAUGCACUCUGCAGCGAAACGUAUUCAGCAGAAAUCGGGGUGAUGCACACUGCGGCGAAACGUAUCGAAUGGGUUAAUGAAAAAGUUCACCAAUAAAUACAAGUAUAUUUAUCUGAAAGAACAUUGCUUCUAGUAUCUCAAAAACUUGAUUUUAUGAUAGAUUGAACAAUUUAUGGUGCAUUAGAUUGGGUUGAAUUCAGAAGUUUAGAAGUCAAAAUUUACUCACCCUGUAAAGGUCAAAGUCAUUAUUAAAGUAAAUGAUAUGAAAGAAAAUUCUUUUCAUACCAUAUUCUCUCAGAAAAUGUAUAAUUUGUAAGGGUCUCUGAAACCAUUUAGUAUGGCAUUUUUUCAUUUUUGACAAAUGUAUGAAAAUAAAACCAGAAAAAAGCACUUAAAGGUUUAACACCACUUCAGCAUUUUGCAAAAAUUAUUGUUAAUUCAUGAGCCGGUACAAUGGAUUCACGGUGGUCAAAGAUGAGCCGGUACAAUGGGUUCACAGUGGUCAAAGAUGAGCCGGUACAAUGGGUUCACAGUGGUCAAAGAGUUAAACGUUGGUCACUUAUAUCAAGUCACCCAAGUUAGAGUGCAGGUAAGACAUUGGACAGUUAAACAUUGAUUAGUGUUUACAAAGUCAACCAUAUAAAUAUAUACAUUUAUCGUGCAACAUGAGAUUUAUUUUGGAAGAUAUACAAUUUUGACUUCACUGAAACAAUUGUCAAUGCUCAAAUAUUAAUUUUUUUUUAUUGCUGUGGUCAAUUAGGCAAAAUUGGUUUUACUGGCUUGCUUGCAAUAACUGCCGUUCUGCUGCUGAGGAUUUUCACAUUUAUUUUAAGAUUCCUACAGGUGUAAUCUCAAAAUACAAUUCCACUAACAUACACCUGUGACAGUACAUGUGACAGUACAAGUGACAGUAUAUGUGACAUUUUCAUUGUUUCUAAUAAUGGAUCAGUGACUAUAAUUUGAUCUUUGGAUUUCUGUAAUUUCAUUUUUGUAUUUCUUUAAUUACAUAUUUGUAUUUCUGUAAUUACAUAUUUGUAUUUCUGUAAUUUCAUAUUUGUAUUUCUGUAAUUUCAUAUUUGUGUUCUCAGGAGGAAAUAAAAUUCUGUGUGUGCCCAGAGUUGAUGUCAGCCAUGUUGUUCAUGGAAAACAUGGAACACAAUGAAGCCAUAGCAGUGUCAGGGUUUGAGCAGUUCUCCUGCUACACUGGCUACGCUGACUCCCUGGAGUUUGCUGGUCACUACAAUGGGAACACCGCCAACAAGGUAUGCCAUACUGGACCUAACAAUUGAUGCGCCGCACCUUCAUGUCUUUAGGAGGGUGAGGUAUUUUUCAGUGUAAUCAUCCAUAUUUGGAUGCUGCUAAGUUUAUAUUAAGAAUUUUUUUAUUUUUGGGAACAUUUCAAUCCAUGGUUCCUUACCUGUCCAUAAUUCAUUUUACGUUUUCUUUCCGUGAACUGUUCAGCUUCUUAAAACAAAUGUACUGUAAAUAUGUCAGAAAAUGAUUUUUUUGUCUUGUAUAUGAUCAGACCCACAGGAUGGUAGCCAUAGACGCCCUCUCCUAUAGAGAUGUCCCUACCCUGAGGCAGUAUGAAGAGACGUUUGUGAUGAGGGACCUCAACAAGGCAUUGAUUGGCUUCUGCAGGUUACCUGCCACUGAUGAUGGCCUCAGUAUGGAGGAUGAAGGUUUGAAAAUUAUUCAACCUUCCAUUAACUAUCCUUUUCUUCUUCUUUUUUUGACACGUCUUUAUUUUUAAACUUAUAGACAAUGCAUAGAUAGCAGAAUUCUGUCUCCAUCCCAAGUUGCCUGCUGGCAUAGAUAGCUGAAUUCUAACUCCAUCCCAUGUGCCUGCGUUCAUAGAUAGCUGAAGUCCAACUCCAUCCCAAGUUGCCAGCUAUCUUCCAACUUUGCUGUUUGAGGAUAUUUUCAAGUUUCAAUCCAUAAACGGGCAUGAUUCCCUUUCUAUCUCAGUGGAGUAGCAAAAACUGAGUUUUAACCUCUUUCCUGAUUUCAGUGUGCUGCCAUUGCUUAAAGGUUAAUUCUAACAGUCCCUUGUCGUUGUCAAGCAAACUGAAGUGGCUGCAUUAUGAAUUAGAUUUAAAGUCGGUUUUGAAGUUGAUUGGUAAAAUAGCUAUAAAUAAGCUAUUGAUUUAUUUAGAGGAAAUUUGUAAGUUAUUAUUUAUUCUAAAUAUUCAUUUGAGAGCUUAAGAGUGGACAUAAAUAGAUGAUUAGCAUGUUUUGCCUGAAGGAAAUAGUGGAAUAAGGUAUGUGGUAUGCUUGAACAUAUAAAGACAGGACAAUAAAAGAUGAAAAUUUCGGCUAAGAGCCUUCCUCGGAAAACAGGAGGAAUUAGGAAACAACAAGAAAUAGAGAGUUUUUUCAAAAACUUGAGUGUUGGCCAUUAAUGCGGUAGCCAGAAUUUGGCUUUUCCAAGACCAAGAAGUGAAAGAAUUCAGGUAUCAUUACUGAGAAAAAUAAGAUUUUAAAGGACAAAAAUAUUUUGGAAAUAUGUAAACUCUAAGAAAAGAAAUAAAGGGAAAUUGAGGAUCCUCAAAUACAGCUUGAAUGCAGUCCUGCAUUUAUUAUCCUUUGUCUGAAGACGGUGACAGGCUGGUGCACUUGAAUCAUUCCUUAAAGGUUUUUUAAAAUUGCUUAUGCAAAAAAAUGCGCCUAGGAUUGAAAUUCUGGGCUGUUGGCUCUUUCUGUGUGUAUGGACUGAUGGCUGUGUACAUGGACUGUUUGCUCUCUACAUAGGCCACUGUUAAUGGACUGUUGGCUUUGUACAUGGGAUGUUGUCUCUAUACAUGGACUGUUGUCUCUGUUCAUGGACUGUUGGCUCUGUACAUGGACUGUUGACUCUGUACAAACUACACAACCAUUUCUACUACGAUCUUAUUUGAUAAAAGGCUCUUUUUUUUUUUUUCCAGAUGGGACUGGAGGGGCAGCAAAUGUUGCGAUAGAUGUCAAAGGAGGGACAGUGGAUGUGGCAGCAGGAAUGGUGACAAGUGCCAUCUGUGACGCCUUUCAAAGAGCAUCGGAGGGUCAGCAGCAGUCAUUCGUUUUGGACCAAGAACAAACACAGAGACCCUGUGACCAUAAGCAUCACCAACCUCUGCUUCCUGAUUUAAAACCAUCAUGCCUAGAAGUGGUAGAGACAGCCUCUGAAAAACUACCCGCCACUGCCCUAUCAGCCUCUACCAAACCAACCGCCGCCACUGCCCUAUCAGCCUCUACCAAACCAACCGCCACCGCUUUUGGACCAAGAACAAACACAGAGACCCUGUGACCAUAAGCAUCACCAACCUCUGCUUCCUGAUUUAAACCCAUCAUGCCUAGAAGUGGUAGAGACAGCCUCUGAAAAACUACCCGCCACUGCCCUAUCAGCCUCUACCAAACCAACCGCCGCCACUGCCCUAUCAGCCUCUACCAAACCAACCGCCACCGCUGCCCUAUCAGCCUCUACCAAACCAACCGCCGCCACUGCUCUAUCAGCCUCUACCAAACCAACCGCCGCCACUGCCCUAUCAGCCUCUACCAAACUCACUGCCGCAGCCCUAUUAGAUUCUUACCAACAGCCAGCUUCCAUCUCAGGACUCAAUGCAGGGGCAGUCAUCCGGGUUUCUUUUGAGUCUCCUUCAACAUCAU